GGGCUAGCCUCCCCGUCUGGGAGCUCAAGGGCGGGGCAGGAUGGUCCUGCGGGCUGGAUGUGGCCCACGGGCCGUAGUUUGCCCACCUCUGGAUUAGGAGGAGAUCUUUACAGGGACAGAUUAUCCCAGGGAUGCUACUGCGGGGUUCCUGCAUCUGCCCUGAAGCAUCUGAUGAUGGCCACUGCCCGACAGGUACGGGCUAAAUGGACCAGUCUGGCAAUUCCUGUGUUCCUAUUCUUGUACUCCUGGACGCAGUCUCCUUCUGGGAUUGAUUGGGACCGGAAGUUAAGCAACGUGCGGAUCAGGUUUUUGGAGAGUGUGAGCAAGGCUGUGAUCAGCACCCUCCUGGACGACCUGCUGGAGAGACGGGUGCUGAACGAGGAGGAAGUGGAGGAGGUGAGGGAGAGCUGCAGUAAGAGGAGUGACCAAGCCCGGUGUCUGAUUGAUGGGGUGAGGAAAAAGGGUGCCAGAGCCAGUGAAAUAUUCAUCGAGCGCCUCUGCUUCAGAGAUGUCCACCUGGCCACAGAGCUGGAGCUCAGCCCCCCCUCGGGGUCUGCUGCAGAAACCCAGCCAGCGCCAUCUCAGGAAUGGAUCUGUCCCUGCCCCCAGGAAUUCGUCCAGCGGAUCCAGAAGGAGGAAGCAAAGGAGAUCUAUUCCAUCCGGGACAAGGCGACGCGAACCCGCCUGGCCCUCAUCAUCUGUAAUGUUGAGUUUGACCAUCUGCGCAGGAGGGACGGGGCUGACGUGGACAUGAAUGGGAUGAAGAGGCUUCUAGAAGGGCUGGGAUACAAGGUGGAAAUCCACUGCAACUUAAAUGCCCAGGCCAUGGUGGAGACCCUGAAGCAGUUUGCUGCUCGGAACGAGCACCGGACCUCGGAUAGCACCUUCCUCGUGCUCAUGUCUCAUGGCGUCAGGGCUGGCCUGUGCGGGACAAAUUGCCAAGACGAGUCCACAGACAUCCUUCCCAUUGACACCAUCUACAGCACCUUCAACAACAGGAACUGCCAGGCACUGCUGGAAAAACCCAUGAUCAUCAUUCAGGCCUGCCGUGGGAACCACGGACAGGUGUGGGUGAGUGACUCUGCAGAGCUCCCGGGAGAUGGCUCCAGCCUUGCUCCGCUGCCCCCUGAAGGGUUAGAAGAUGAUGCAAGUCACCAAAUCCACGUGGAGAGCGAUUUCAUCUGUUUCCAAGCUACAACGCCAGACACUUUGUCCUGGAGAUCUCCAAAAACUGGCUCCGUCUUCAUCACCUCCCUGAUAGAGCAGCUCCGAACCAAUGCCUGGUGCCUCCCCUUGGAGGAGAUCUUCCGAAAGGUCCAGCUCUCUUUUCAAAAUUUUCCUCGUCAGAUGCCCACAAAGGAAAGAACAACCAUGAUAAAAAAGUUCUAUCUGUUCCCAGGCCAUUAGAACCAGCCCCACAAUAAGACAGGGCAUGUCCCAUGGGGGCCCUGCCACAGUCACUGUCGGCACCUUCCUGAAGGACAGCGUCUGCACAUUCAACACUGGCACAAAGCUCAAGGUCUCUCCUCCGGCUGCCUGCACACUUUCCACCUGUAGCUUUCCUCUGAACUGCCAGAAGUGCCUUCAGCUUCUCACCAGCCCCUUCCCCUGGGGAAGUGCCUUCUCUUUGUGACAGGACAACCGUAGCACCAGCCUUGAAGCUCCUGCUGCCACAUCUCUAUAAAAUGGCUUUUCCUAGCGAGACAGCAGCACCCUCCCGCUAUCUAGAUCCUACAGCACUGACAUCCCAGAGGCCCCAUCCCUGAGAUCCAGUACACACUCUGAUCAUUCUCUCCCGUAGCCAGACUUUGAGUCCCCAGGACAGUCAGAUAAGUGAGUCUCAGCCACAUCCUUCUUGGUAAAAAGCUGGAGUCUCCCAUUAGGGAUAUCAACUCCAGGGGCGUCUUCACUGUAGUUAGCCCAGGCUCUUGUCCCCUCCCCUCCGCAUAUAAAACCCUCUCCCCUGGGCUUUCCACCUGGGCUAGCUGCCCCAGCUGAGGGUGGGUUCGAGCAUGGUGCUGCUUUCACUGCGGCUGGGAGCCUGCUCACUUUGCCGCAAGAUGCAGGCUAAAUCACUCGAGUGCUGACUGUCCACCUCUGCCUUCCCACAAUCCCCCCCAGGUGCCCAGGACAGGCGUGUUCCACAAAUGCACUGGGAAAGAGUCAUACAGCGGCUUACCUUACAGCAGCACAAAGAACCAUGGGCUAUGCCCCAAACGUGCUAGCGACCCACAGGGGAGCGCAGCACCAGUGGGGACGCAGUAACUUGGGCAGGGCUUUGCAGUGUGGCUGCUCACAGCCAGGUUAGACUAACCCAGUACUCAUGCCUGGUGCUGAUCACCCGGGCUAAUUCUGCUGAACUCUGAGGGGAACAUGGAGUGUAGCCAGCAGCAGCUGUCUUCUCUCGCUACCAGCGAUUCACAGACCCCCUGGAAUGGAAGGGGCCUGUGUCCGUUCCCCUUACAGCGAGGCUGGGUUAACUGAGCUUACUCCAAGUCAUCCCCACUAGAUGGCAGCCAGGCUGAGCCUUGAAUAGGUGCAGUGGUGAUUCCCCAACCUCACUGAGCUGUUCGCUACCUUGUUCUCAUUCUCCAUAAUUAUAGGGCCACAUUCUGCCCAGUGUCAACUCCAGACUUCAGAGAGCUGAGGCUGCAAGUGGUCCAUGACAUUUGGCUUAGUGCUUAACCCACAUUUCUCUAUUAAAACCUAAGCCCAUCACUUCUGUCCUUGGCACCAGUGCUAAGAACAGAUCCCUCUCCAUCUAGAGCAGCCCUUUUUGUCCUUAAUGAUGAGCGAGAGACACCCAUCUACACCACUGCAAGGCAAGAACAUCAGGAAGGGAGCAGGGUUCUUUGGCAUGAUAAAUGGGGGGUAGAACUAGGACUAAUGGGGUGAAGUGAUGAAAGGAGAAUUUAGCUUUGUUGCUUUCUGGGCUAUUCCUAUGGCUGGGGCAAGGGAGUAAGCAACUCCUGGGACCAGAGGUGUCCUUGCCCCUCUCCGCCGUUGUGCUGCUUUCUGGGCACACUCUCUCUGGUUUCCCUGUCUCAUUGCCUGUGGUUACUUUUAUAGGUGGUUUUACCAUGUUCUUGAAAAGCGAUGACUGUAGGGACGGGAACAGCAGUUUGUGUGGUUUUAGAGACAUCAGAACUCAUCUCGGGGCCAUUUUAAAAAAUACUUUUCUGUGCUUGUGAGCACCUCUUCCCAUGGAUUGUUUCUGGCCAUUUGUACCCUCAUUUCCAGAGAUGCCAAGAACCAGCAAUUCCCUUUAGCUCCAGUUCAUCGAUUUCAUACAUUCCAAGG